GACAAGCACGCCAGCAACAGCAACAGCAGCAGCAGCAGCAACAGCAACACCAACGACAGCAGCAACAGAGUCAACAGCAACAGCUGCGACGGCAGCAACAUCAUCAGCAGCAGCAGCAGCAGCAACACAUCGCGCUGUAGUCACACAUACAGGCACACAUUUACUUAGAUACACAUACUGUCGGAUACUUAUACAUACCCACGAGAUGCUGAAAACUGUGACAACAGCGAUGGCUGCCGCCGAUGACGAUGUCCCAGCGAGCAUUUUGGAAAUUGAACUGCCAGCCAUUUUGCUCAACGAGAGCCUCUUCAUCGAGCUGAAUGGCAAUCUCACCCAGCUGGUGGACACGACCAGCAAUCUCAGCCAAAUCGCCUGGAAUCGCACUGCAAACGGCAAUGGCAAUGGCAAUGGCAACAGCAACAUUUUCGACCUGGACGAGCAGCAGCGGGCGGCGGUGGAGUUCUGGCUUCUGGUCAAAAUGAUCGCCAUGGCCGUCGUCCUGGGACUCAUGAUACUCGUCACCAUCAUAGGCAACGUCUUCGUAAUUGCCGCCAUUAUACUAGAGCGAAACCUGCAGAAUGUUGCCAAUUAUUUGGUUGCAUCCCUGGCAGUGGCUGACUUAUUUGUUGCCUGUCUUGUCAUGCCCCUUGGCGCCGUCUACGAGAUAAGUAAUGGAUGGAUAUUGGGACCGGAACUGUGCGACAUUUGGACAUCUUGCGACGUCCUCUGCUGCACAGCAUCCAUUCUGCACCUGGUGGCCAUUGCGGCGGACAGAUAUUGGACGGUGACCAAUAUCGACUACAACAACCUGCGGACGCCGCGGCGCGUCUUCCUCAUGAUUUUCUGCGUCUGGUUUGCGGCCCUGAUUGUCUCCCUGGCCCCCCAGUUCGGCUGGAAGGAUCCGGAGUACAUGAAGCGCAUCGAGGAGCAGCACUGCAUGGUGUCGCAGGAUGUGGGCUAUCAGAUUUUUGCCACCUGCUGCACUUUCUACGUGCCGCUGCUGGUGAUUCUGUUCCUGUACUGGAAAAUCUACAUAAUUGCCAGGAAGCGCAUCCAGCGACGCGCCCAGAAGUCAUUCAAUGUCACACUAACCGAGACCGACUGCGAUUCCACGGUGCGGGAGCUGAAGAAGGAGCGCGGCAAGCGGCGGGCGGAGCGGAAGCGCUUGGAGGCGGGCGAGCGGACCCCGGGGGGCGGGGAGGCGGACUCGCAGCUGCAGCGGCGGCCGCGCAAGCGGAUGCGCAUAUGUUUUGGCCGCAACACGAACACGGCCAACAUCGUGGCGGGAUCGGAGGGGGCGGUGGCCAGAUCGAUGGCCGCAAUAGCCGUGGACUUUGCCAGUCUGGCCAUCACGCGCGAGGAGACCGAGUUCAGCACCAGCAACUACGACAACAAAAGCCACGCGGGCACCGAGCUCACCACCGUCUCCAGCGACGCGGAGGACUACCGCACCAGCAACGCGAAUGAAAUCAUCACGUUGUCGCAGCAGGUGGCCCAUGCCACGCAGCACCAUCUGAUAGCCUCGCAUCUGAACGCCAUAACGCCGCUGGCCCAGUCCAUCGCCAUGGGUGGUGCUGGCUGCCUGACGACGACCUCGCCCUCGGAAAAGCUAGGCGCAGGUGGAGGAGGACCCGGAGGUGGAGCUGGCGGGGAGGCAGCCGGAACGGAGGGCAGCAGUCCCGGAAAGAAUGCCGGAGUGGGCCUGGGGGGAGUGCUGGCCAGCAUUGCCAAUCCGCACCAGAAGCUGGCCAAGAGGCGACAGCUCCUGGAAGCCAAGCGGGAGAGGAAGGCCGCCCAGACGCUGGCCAUCAUCACCGGCGCCUUCGUCAUCUGCUGGCUGCCCUUCUUCGUGAUGGCCCUCACAAUGAGCCUGUGCAAGGAGUGCGAGAUCCACACGGCGGUUGCCUCGCUCUUCCUCUGGCUGGGCUACUUCAACUCGACCCUGAAUCCGGUAAUCUACACCAUCUUCAACCCAGAGUUUCGAAGAGCCUUCAAGAGGAUUCUCUUCGGCCGAAAGGCUGCUGCCCGAGCGCGCAGUGCGAAAAUUUGAUUUCAACUUAAGGAUAACGAGGACCAGUAUCUGUAAUUAAGGUCAGGCAAAGGUCGGAACUCACUCGAAUGCAAUAAGCUACGGAAUUGGCAUUGGUAUAGGGCGUAACUAGCCAGUAUAGACGAUGUUUUAGCAGUGACAAUCCUAACUAGCUGUAACUAACUAACUAAAAUUCCUCACCACACAAACGUGCCCCGAAAAGACAAAACCCGAAAAACAAUAUAAAAUUUGUAACCCAAACCAAUCGAGUAAUGGAACCUUGGAAUUAAGCUAGCCAAUACUCACUAGAUGUAAGUUAUGCGUAUGUAAUUGAUAAAUAUUUCUAAAGUCUUCCCUGUGUCUUAAAGAAA